AGCAGAGGAUGUAGAUGCUGUGGGUUACUCUGAAGAUGUGAUUCAGGCACUCUGUCAAAUUGGAACGAAGUAGUUACAAGUGUUUUAUGUCAGCAAAAUACUAAUUUGAUCAAGAUGGAGUCUGUCCUUUUGCUUUCGCAGGGCUGGAUUUGUGUGACUCUGGAGGAUUCUCAGAAGAGAUGAGACAUUUUGGAGACAUUCCCCCUUUGUUCGGAUUGAUUGUCAUCUUUGCAUGAUCCCUGGAGAUGUGCAAAAUUGAAAGAAAAGAAAAAAACAGGAAAGAAACAAGCAGCAUCCAGCACUACUGGGGCUUUCAGCAUUCAGGAUCCCAGCACUAAAACUGCAGAUGUUAAAAUGAUGAAGCACUCUCUCUCUCUGGAGCAGUGCAGAGCAGCCAUGAGACCUCUGCUCCACUGUGGAAGGUAUGCUGCAUCCCGCUGCUGAACUGUUAUGACAUGUCUCUAGCAAUCAGAAAGAAAAGCUGGGAAGAGCAUGUGACCCAGUGGAUGGGAUUGGCUUUGGAGUCUGUGGAGUAUAAUACAGCAUGUCGUCAUGGACUCGUAGCUGAUAACUUGCAGAUAAGUAUGGAAAAAGAUGAAAUUUUGAAUGUGGACCGGAAAGAAAAAUGUGCUUCAUUUCCAGAGUGUUGUCAUGGUGGAGAGCCAACUGGCUUCCCUGCAAAGCAGCUUGGAAAUGUGUCAAAGGAAUUGGAUGAAAAUGAAAACCAUGAAGAGCAUUUUCUGGAGGCCAGCACAGAAACUCUAGUCCAUGUUUCUGAUGAUGAUGAUGAUGAUGAUGACUAUCCUGCACUCAACCUGAAUGGCGUUAAUCACCAUAUCACUGCUGUUGGAAGGGAACUAGAAGAUGAAGAAGAGAGUUUAAAUGGAGCAGGCUCCUUAAGACAGGUGGUACAAAAAACAGAGUGUAAUGAGGAAGCUGAAACAUCUGGCAUAAUUGGAGAUGGGGACACAGUUCCUAAAGAGAAGAUGGAAGAAGGUAUUUGUGGCAGUAUUGGCCAAAGCCUGGAGCUUUGUAGUUAUGAAGCCUUAAAUGAGGUAGUACAAGUAGAGAAAGAAAAUCUUUUUAAUUCUCCAAAUGUGAAAGAAAUUAUUAUGCCUGGGAAACAGCUGCUUCAUACUGCUGUAAUUGCACAACAGCGCAGGAAAUCUGAUGCUUUUAAAGACAGCCUUGGAAAGUCUGAAUGUAAUUUGGUACAGAGUGGGAUUUCUUCUGAUUCAUGCCCCAGCAUUGAUAGACAGCCAUGCUCAGCAGUGGAACCCAGUGAGUGCCUUAUGCAAUCUUCUCCUUGCUCUCAUGUUCCGGCAGUGGAAAAUGGUCUGGAUGAAAGUGGUUUCACUGAACCUCAAGUGGCCCCUGAAAACAAAUGCCUUUCAAAUGUCAGUUCAGCAGAAGACACUCAGUGUUUACAUUUAAGGAUUGAUUUGACCACACAAGAAUAUUCAGACAGUCAAGUGAAACUGCGCAAAAAAAAGGAAAUAACAGGAGAUCGGGAUCGGUCACAGCUAGAUUCAAUGGUGCUGUUAAUUAUGAAACUGGACCAGCUGGAUCAGGAUAUUGAAAAUGCUCUCAGUGCAGGUUCUUCCCCAUCCAGCACUCCAACAUACAAACGGAGGCAUAUACCUGAUGGUGAAUCUGGUUCUGAAAUUGGAGCAGAUGUAGGACAUUCUCAAACAAGCUUGUCUCCUAACAUCCAUACUCCUGAUCAAACAUCCUUCUGUUCAGCAGCCACUUCUGGAGCUAAACCAAAGGCUGGGGCUAUGCCAGUUAUCUCAGAAAAGGAGAAGGCUGAAAUUGAAGCCAAGGAAGCUUGUGACUGGCUGCGAGCUGCUGGCUUCCCUCAAUAUGCACAGCUUUAUGAAGAUCUCCUCUUUCCAAUUGACAUUGCUCUUGUCAAGCGAGAGCAUGACUUCCUGGACAGAGAUGCCAUUGAGGCCCUAUGCAGGCGCUUAAAUACUUUAAACAAAUGUGCAGUGAUGAAGCUAGAAAUCAGUCCUCACAGGAAAAGGAGUGAAGAUUCAGAUGAAGACGAACCAUGUGCAAUAAGCGGCAAAUGGACUUUUCAGAGGGACAGCAAGAGGUGGUCAAGGCUUGAAGAGUUUGAUGUGUUCCCUCCAAAGCCGGAUGUUAACACCUCCUCCUCCCCAGAGGCUCCUCUCCUCCCAAAUGCGGCCAGCUGUGAGAGCGUGCUCACCGAUCUCAGCGAGCGGCAGGAGGUGGCCUCUAUUCUCAGCACCAGCAGCACCAGCAGCCACCAUCCAACCCUGCAGAGCGAGGCCUCUAGCACCAGAACAAACUCAGUUGUGAGCAUUUGUUCAUCCAGCAAUUUCGUAGCAAAUGAUGAUUCGUUCAGCAGCCUGCCUUUGCCCAGGGAGUUGAAUAGCUUCAGCUUCAACACAAAAGCAAAUGAGAAGAACACUAAAUCUAAAACUAAGAGCCUGCUCAAGAGGAUGGAGAGUCUGAAAAUCAAGAGCUCUCACCAUGGCAAGAACAAAGCUCCUUCAAAGCUUGGCCUUAUUAUUAGUGGGCCCAUCCUGCAGGAGGGCAUGGAUGAAGAUAAACUGAAACAACUUAACUGCGUGGAGAUUUCUGCCCUCAAUGGCAAUCACAUCAGCCUUCCCAUGGUACGAAAAAGGAGCGUCUCCAAUUCUACCCAGACAAGUAGCAGCAGCAGUCAGUCGGAGACGAGCAGCGCUGUCAGCACACCCAGCCCUGUCACGCGCACACGCAGCCUCAGCGCAUACAAUAAAAGGGUGGGCAUGUACCUGGAAGGCUUUGAUCCCUUCAACCAGUCAACAUUCAGCGAUGUGAUGGAGCAGAAUUUCAAGAAUAGGGGAAGCUUUGCAGAAGACACUGUUUUUUUUAUUCCAGAAGAUCAUAAGCCUGGCACUUUUCCCAAAGCGCUCUCCAAUGGCAACUUCUCCCCAACAGAAAGCAACGCUUCUGUGAACUGGAGGACAGGGAGUUUCCAUGGGCAUGGCCAUCUUACUCUUCAGAGGGAAAACAGUGGAGAUAGCUCUAAAGAGCUGAGCAUAGGGAAAAGGCGCAACUCUGCUAGCUCACUGAGCAGCCGCCUGAGCAUUUACGACAACGUGCCAGGCUCAAUCCUGUAUUCCAGUACGAGUGACCUGGCUGAUCUGGAAAAUGAAGACAUAUUCCCAGAACUAGAUGACAUCUUGUACCAUGUAAAAGGGAUGCAAAGAAUAGUAAAUCAGUGGUCCGAGAAGUUCUCGGAUGAAGGGGACUCUGACUCAGCGCUCGACUCCAUCUCCCCAUGUCCUUCCUCCCCAAAGCAGAUCCAUCUUGAUGUAGAUAAUGAUCGAACAACACCAAGUGACCUUGACAGCACAGGGAAUUCACUUAAUGAAACAGAAGAGCCCUCAGGGAUGCAGGACAGAAGGGACUCUGGAGUGGGCGCAUCACUGACACGGUCCAGCAGGCACAGGCUGAGGUGGCACAGCUUCCAGAGCUCUCAUCGGCCCAGCCUCAGUUCAGCCUCACUGCAGAUCAAUUGCCAAUCUGUGGCACAGAUGAACCUGCUGCAGAAGUACUCACUGCUGAAGUUAACUGCUCUCCUGGAGAAAUACACGCCUUCCAACAAGCACGGCUUCAGCUGGGCAGUACCAAAAUUUAUGAAAAGGAUAAAGGUGCCAGACUAUAGGGACCGAAAUGUAUUUGGAGUACCACUGCAAGUCAACGUCCAGCGCACCGGGCAGCCCCUUCCACAGAGCAUUCAGCAAGCCAUGCGGUACCUCCGUAACCACUGCCUGGAUCAGGUUGGACUAUUUAGGAAAUCUGGAGUAAAAUCAAGAAUUCAGGCUUUGCGUCAGAUGAAUGAGAGUUCAACAGACAGUGUCAACUAUGAAGGCCAGUCUGCCUACGAUGUAGCAGACAUGUUAAAGCAAUUCUUCCGUGACCUGCCCGAGCCUCUCAUGACCAACAAGCUCUCUGAGACCUUCUUACAGAUAUACCAGUAUGUGCCAAAGGAUCAGCGUCUCCAGGCUAUCAAGGCUGCCAUUAUGCUUUUACCUGACGAGAACAGGGAGGUCCUACAGAUUCUUCUCUAUUUCCUGAGUGAUGUCACAGCUGCUGUGAAGGAGAACCAGAUGACACCAACAAACCUGGCGGUGUGCUUAGCACCUUCCCUGUUCCAUUUAAACACUCUCAAAAGAGAGAAUUCUUCCCCAAGGGUGAUGCAAAGAAAACCGAGUCUGGGAAAACCUGACCAGAAAGACCUAAAUGAAAAUUUGGCUGCAACCCAAGGGCUAGCCCAUAUGAUUGCUGAAUGCAAGAAGCUCUUCCAGAUACCUGAAGAAAUGAGCCAGGGCCGGAAUUCGUACACGGAGCAGGACCUCCGUCCCCUCAGCCUGGAAGAGCUCCGGGGCAACAGCAGCACCAUGGAGCCCUCUGACUACCACUGCUACCUCCAGGACUGCAUGGAUGACUUGCUGAAGGAAAUGAAGGAGAAGUUUAAGGGCUGGGUCAGCUGUUCCACCUCAGAGCAAGCAGACCUGGCCUACAAGAAGGCAUGUGAAGGUCCCCCACUCCGAUUAUGGAAAACUACCAUUGAAAUUGCUGCUACACCAGAAGAAGUUUUAAAUCGUUUACUUAAAGAGCAGCAUCUUUGGGAUGAAGAUCUUAUAGACUCAAAAGUAAUUGAACCUUUGGAUAGUCAGACAGAUAUAUACCAAUAUGUCCAGAACAGCAUGGCUCCUCAGCCAGCCAGGGACUUUGUCAUCUUAAGAACGUGGAGGACAAACUUUCCCAAAGGAGCUUGUGUGCUUUUAGCAACUUCAGUGGAUCAUGACCGUGCUCCAGUGGUGGGUGUCAGAGUCAAUGUGCUCCUGUCUAGGUAUCUGAUUGAGCCCUGCGGGUCAGGAAAAUCUAAACUUACCUACAUGUGCAGAAUUGAUUUAAGGGGUCACGUGCCAGACUGGUACACCAAGUGUUUUGGACACUUGUGUGCAUCUGAAGUAGUUAAGAUACGAGACUCUUUCACUCAUCAGAGUCUUGAGAACAGGGAAAUAAAAUGCAGGUGACUACUGAAGAAGAGGAACAGCUGUGCACUCCAGACCUCAGCAACAUAGAUGUUACACAAAACAGAGGCUCAUCUGCUGCAGACCAUCUGUAAGUCAUGUCAUGAAGGGAUGACAGCAUGAGACUGUGAGCAUUGACUGUGGCCAUACCAUACACUUUAAAGCUGCUUCCUGUCUGUUUAAGGUCUAUAGUGUAGGCCUUGACUGGAAUACAUAGGAGGACUGUACAAAAAAAAAAAAAAAAAAAAAAAAAAAAAAAAAAAAAGUAUUGUACUAUUAGGUGGUUUGAAUUGCUUCUGAGAAGCAAAAUUCUUUAGAUGCAAAAUAUAUUAUGAAAUAUGGUGAAGGCUCAUCAUUCCCAUGUGAAAUGCUUGGCUUUAUGUACAUACCCAUGUCAUUUUAUUUGUAGUGUGUUGAGGGACUUAUGUAUCCACUGGAAUAGUUGGUACUCUUCAAUGUGUUCUCACUGAGAUAAGCAGAGAAAUGUCUGCACAGAGAUUAAAGAGUGAAUGAGUGUAUUGAUGGUUGAAAGGACAGUAGAAGUUGAACUUGAAAUGUGUCUGGUACACUGAUAGGCAGCCAGGAUGGAUUUUAGUAUACUGGAUACAGUUGCCUCUCCUGUGGACCAGGAGUAGCCAUCCUUCCCAUUUGUCCAUUCUGCAUUCUGCUGAGCUCUAACGCUGUUAAAACCCUUAUGCAGAUGUUACAGUAGGCUUGCUCUGGCUACUGUUCACUCCUUAUCCAAAUGAUCUUUUGGGAGUGAAGGCAAUUCUAUAUUAACUUUAAGUAAAUAAAUAUACUUUGAAACAACAUAGCAGCUUAGAAAUGAAAUGCCUACUUAACAAGCAAGAGAGCUGGUAGUGUCAACUGUUAUAUUGCCAAAAAAUAUUUGUAGAUUUUUACCCUCAUUAAGUAUAUGUAUGCAUUUUAAUGAGCCGUUAAAUAUUUUACCAUCUUCUAAUAGCUCAAGAGGAAAAAUUAAACACUGGAGUCACAGGACUCUUGCAGCAGCAGAUGGAGUGAGUUGGGUAGAAGACUUGUAAGAGUUUGCUCCCUUUCUCUCUCUCUCUCUCCUUUGCCUGUUUUCUUAAAAGCUGCACACUAACAUGAACAGAACCUGAAUGUGAGCAAUUUAGAGGGGUUCAGUUGGGGGCAGAGGGAAGGGGGGGAUUUUGUCUUGGGUUUUAUUUGCUUUUAAUUCCUUUGGGAUAUUCCCCCCCCCCCCACUGCCCUAACAAAGUAUAUGAACUGUAAGAAGUAUUGAGGUCCUACAGAAAGAUGUUGUUCAGUAGGUGCUACUGUAAAGGUGAGGUGCAGUAUUAAGUGACACAUGUAUUUUGUGGCAAGAGUAUGAAUGAGUGGAAAGAUGGAAUUUUGACUGAGACUUUGUUACCAUUGUCAGUAUUAUUUUAAGCUUUCUGAUGAAGAUUUUUUUUAAUUAAUUAUGGCAAAUAAUGUAGUACUUCCAGUAAUAGUGUUCCUCAUGAGUAGGAAAACCUUGUAUAUUCUUCUACAACAAACACUUCUGAAUUUGUAAAAUUGUAUGUUGUACAUACCAUUCUAUUGUAAACAUGUAUACUUGCCCACAGUGUACUGUCAAACAUAGAUAAAGCAUGGUAAAGAUUAUUUAAAAUAUACCUGUAUUUAUACCUCAGAUAUUCUUUUUGGGUUUUUGUACCUCAAUAUGUUUUCUAUUGUAAAUGUGCUUUACACAACUAUGAUGUAAGUGAGAGAAAGGAAGAUGUUUAACUUGCUAUAGAUGUCUGUACAGAAUAUAUCCAAUAAGUGCACUAUUAAAUGUUUAAAAAAGA